GCACGAAGUCUAUAAUAUAACAACAUAAGUUCGACAGGUUUGCGUUCGAAACAAUGAGUGUCCAUCCCUCCUGGACUGUUUCCAGAUUAUGUCGCGAUUACCUCGGUAUCGCUCUCCGCAAAUGUGAAAAGAUUAAAAUGAGAAAGACCGCAGUGGAAACACAAAUAGGUUUCAACGAUUAUAUGUGGGGAUGUGCAAUUAUAUAUUCAGAUAUAACUCUUAAGUUAAUAUAAGUUCUAGUUAUUUAAACUUUUAUUCGAGGUUUGAGGUGCCAUUUACAUUAGACUAUAGUGCUUAUGUCAGGUAAGAACAGUCAAACGGUAAUGUAUGGCGGAAGCGUCCAUUUGGGUCCAAUUACUCUGCAAGCUCAUCUCAACAAACAGCCCUUGCAGUGGUAUUCGAAAGCUGUAAACAGUUUUGAACUUAUUGUAUUUGACAGCAUCUAAAGGAGGGAUUAAAAUAUGAUCCGAUGAAUAGAAAGCUAUUUUCGUUGUUUAUAAUCUAUUAAGAUGGAAGGUGUGAUUCUCGUGCAUGCGUUUCCUGAAUCAUGGGCUGACUGUUCUUGGGCAUUGACCCACCACACAGUCAUAAAAUAUAGGCAAUAUACUUCGCUUAAUCCACAGGGUGGGCGAGUUUCAUGCCUUGAAGAUGGGAGGAUAUAUAAUAAAAAGUCUUUCAUAGACUAUUCGUCUUCCCUGUUUCCCAAUACCAGGCACUAUAUUCACAGCUGAAUGAAGCCCUGCCUCCCUUUUAUAGCAAUCCAGUUUGAGUUUUGGCGAGCGACACAUGUACGCUUGUUGAGCGACACGUAAAACAAAUAGCCGAGAAAUUAUGUCACCAGACAUAUUAGCUGCUCCUACUGUGGAUUCGAUUCUCACGGGAUGGCAGGGAAAUGGGGGUUCAGGUCUGGACGUUGGGCUGAGCUUAGGCGGCUGUUUUACCAUUCUGGAGCGCGGGAUCUCACUUGAUUCCUCCUUACCUAGGCCAGAUCUACAAAACCAAAAGGGCGCCAGAGAGGAUUCGAUUUCCACAUUUUCUAUUACAAAUGGCAACCGAGAGAUUCCUUCCCCGGACCUGAAACACAGGGCCAAUGGAAUCUACGACCUAACGACGGACUCUGGUAACAGCAGCGAAAACCGGAGUGUUGUGGAUGAAGUGUGUAAGAAAACUGGGGCAUGGAAAAUGCCGACGUCCCAAUACAAAGGCGUUGUGCCGCAGCCCAACGGGAGGUGGGGGGCGCAGAUAUACGAGAAGCACCAGCGGGUAUGGUUGGGCACAUUCAACCGUGAAGAAGAAGCCGCCAGGGCCUACGAUAUUGCCGCCAUAAAGUUUCGAGGACGCACCGCCAUAGCAAACUUCGCCUCUGCGGAGACCACCGACACGGACGAGACCGUUUUCCUCUGCCGCCACUCAAAAUCUGAGAUCGUCGACAUGCUCAGAAAGCACACCUACAACGAAGAGCUUCUCCAGUCCAAGAAAAACAGCAAUGGAAAAUCCCAUAAAUCCUUCAAUCCCGACGGCUCCGAAAAGGCUGCAGGGGAGGAGCGGGCUAAAUACGCAAGAGAGCACCUGUUCGACAAGGCCGUGACCCCGAGCGAUGUGGGAAAACUGAAUCGGCUUGUGAUUCCGAAGCACCAUGCCCAGCGAUGCUUCCCUCUCGAUUUGGCCUCCCGUGAAAAGGGCCUUCUCUUAACAUUCGAGGAUACAGCAGGCAAAACGUGGAGGUUUAGGUACUCAUACUGGAACAGCAGCCAGAGUUAUGUGCUCACUAAGGGCUGGAGCGGCUACGUUAAGGCAACCCAACUUCAGGCAGGGGAUAUUGUGACCUUCGAACGUAGCACAGGUGGGUCAAGACAGUUGUUCGUCAGAUUCCGACCGAGGCCCUGCAAUGCCCUAACGAAGGCACGUAAACCCACUUCGCCCGUUUGCCUUUCCUUCGCCCAGCCGUUCAUUAGCCAGUGGGCGCCGGUGUUCAUCUCGUCCCUUGCAGAUCAGAGACCAUCUGUCAUCUCUGAGGCCACAUCUGAUAGUUUAAAUGCUUACAGAUCGUACCCAUCAAUCAAAUCAGCUCCAUAUUCCGGAAACCAUUUGAUGGUGGAGCUUUCGGACCUGCCAGAAGAAGAAUUGGCUUCUUCAUCGCCUCCUCCUCCUCGCAAUGUUAUGGUUUUUGGAGUAAACCUUAGCCGGUCCUCCUCUUACGUUAAUCUCCUCCAUUCGAGGAAGCGAAAGGCUGAAGACCAUUGAGGGAGCCAUUAGGGUUUUAUGUGCGGUGAAAUCACAGCCAUUAGCGGCUGUAAGAUUCUUUACCAUUACCUCUGUAUCAUUUAUUUUUGAAGGGAAUAAGGUAGUUCCAUAUUUUAGUUGUCUCAGCAGAAUUGUCUAUACUGAAUUUUCGGUUGUCCAUCUUCGAACUGUUU